UACUAUAUAUUAUUAUUAAUCUAUCUCUUUCCGUUACACAGAGACACACAAAUCUUAUUAUAUAUUGAUGCAACACAUAUAGGAAAGAGGUAAAAGUAGCAAAAUGAAGAACCGGUAUUCAUUGCCGGAGAGACGGUGGUUCCUGGGGUUGGUCAUAGUAGGGUUGAUAGGAGCGGCGCUGAUCAUAGCCACCGUGACCCGAAACUCCGACAGCUCGUUGCCGUGUUCAUUUUCGUUUGGGAUCCGAACCCGAACCCGAAUGGAUGAGGAUUAUAACCCGACAUCGAUUCAGUUGAGGGCAAUACUCCACUACGCCACGUCGCGCGUGGUCCCACAACAAUCGGUGUCGGAGAUCAAGAUAAGCUUGGAUGUGCUGAAAUCACUGGGUCGUCCUUCCAAGUUUCUCGUCUUCGGACUCGGCCACGACUCGCUCAUGUGGGCAUCGUUCAACCCAGGUGGCACCACGCUAUUCCUCGAGGAGGACCCUAAGUGGGUCCAAACCAUUCUCAAGGACGCGCCUAGCCUACGCGCCCACACCGUACGGUACAGGACACAGCUUCGCGAGGCCAACGCGCUCCUCUCCUCGUACCGCUCCGAACCCGCGUGCUCGCCGUCGAAGGCUUACCUGCGAGGCAACGAAGCGUGCAAGCUGGCGCUACAGAAUCUACCGGACGAGGUUUACGAGACGGAGUGGGACAUGAUAAUGAUCGACGCGCCCAAAGGGUAUUUCGCGGAGGCUCCGGGGAGAAUGGCCGCCGUGUUCUCCGCCGCCGUCAUGGCGAGGAACAGGAAGGGAUCGGGUGUGACGCACGUGUUCUUGCACGAUGUGGAUCGGAAGGUGGAGAAGGUUUACGCUGAGGAGUUUCUUUGUAAGAAGAACUUGGUUAAAGGUGUUGGAAGGCUUUGGCACUUCGAGAUACCACCCUCCUCUAACAAUGCCACCAACGGUGAUCGUUUCUGCUAGAUUCAUUACAACACUCACAGUCACAAUUACUAUUCAUCAAUUUUGUAUUUGCCUUUUUUUUUUUUUUUUUCCUUCUUCUUUUUUUAUGAUAGAACAACGGAUUUAUGAUUUUUUAUUACAACAUUAUGUUUUCUUAUUGUACUUUUUUUUUUUUUUUGUUAUUGAAAAAUAUGGGGACAGAAAGAAUCACCGGCUCAUGGGAUUGCAGGUGCUGCCAUGGCCACUGCAUGCACCCUUUGCCGA